GCGGAUGCGCUGUUUAGGAAUCACUUCUCCUCAGUUGAUUCUAUCAGGUAGACCUCAACUUCCUGGCAAUCCAACGGAAUUGGCAGAAAAACCACAAGAAUACCCUACCGUUAUGAACCCUGGUCUUCCAGUACCCUGUCAUUGUUCACCCGGUGCUGAAAGCAGGAGCCCUCAUAGCUUCAGAAGCUCACCAAGCCCCUCCCAGUUGUCUCCAGGUGGACCAGAUGACCUUUCCAUGGCGAAGAGCUCGCACAAUGUCGAUAAAUUUGAAAUUAACAAAAGUUUAACUCCUGACAGCAGUAGGGGCGUAGGAACACAGUUGUAAUGAGGAUAUUAGGAAAUAGUAGUGAAUCCGAUUAUUUUUUUUAAUUUCGAUAAUUGCAACAUCAGCAGGGUAGUCAGUUUUGCUGUAAGAAAUGAAACAGAUUCUAUUGAAGAUUUAUAUUCUAAAUUGAUUAUGGAAAUUUUUAAUGUACUCUUUGGAACCCUUGGUGUAGUAAUG